AUGAAGUUUGGCCGGCUGUACCAGCUCGAGCUGGCCGGGACGCCCGACUGGCCGAGGCUGAGGUACAAGCAGCUAAAGAAAUUGAUCAAGAGCAGGCUCGCGUUCGGUGUAUUGGACGCAAGCUCAAUCCAGGCCCUAACCCGGCCCUCGAAGCCUAGGCUCGCGAGCCACGAGAUCACCUCCAUCUUCCAAACGGGCCACUUCAAGAAGAUCAUCCGCGAGGACCUGCAGUCGAUCAACGCGUUCUGGCUGCGGCAGGAGAAGGAGCUGCUCGAUCGGGAAAGAGCGACUGAGGAGCUGCCGUACCUCCGCCAGCAGCAAGAGGAGCAGGUGCACGCGUGCCUGCGGUGGCUAAUCCUCAACUACCUCGCGGUGCUCAAGAUAGCAAAGAAGCACGACAAGCAUUGCGCCACGAACCUCCAGAACGCAAUGGCCAAGGUCCUCCUCAUGCAGCCCUUUGUCGUCGCGAUGCGCGCCUCGCCCCUCUUCCACUCCGACGGCGGCGCGGACGCGUCGCAGCCCGGCGCGAGCGACGCGAACCCGAUCUCGUACGUCAUCCAGAAGCUGCUCGGCAUGGACCGAAAGUACUUCCCGGAGCGGCUGCAGCAGCACAUCGCUUCGCUCGAGGACUCGCAAGGCUCCCUCUCCGACCCGGAGAUCGACUCCCCGCCCACCGUCGGCCUCGACCCGCCCGACCCGCGGCUGCAACCGCCUCCCGGCGCGCCGAGGGCGGCUAAGUCGCCGCGAAAGGGCGCAAAGUCGCAAGAGGGCGAGAGCGCAGCAGGGCGGUCGCGCUCCGCUGCUCGCGCGCCCGCCGACGCCUCCUCUUGCUCGUGUGUAGGAGAGCACGGCUGGCCCAUCCCGGUGGCGGAGCGGGAGGAGGAGGACGGGUGGAUGCUCGUCUGCUAUCUGGUGCUCGUCGGGCUGGCGUGGUGCGUGUGGUACUCGCGCGACAGCAGGUAG